AUGUCACAGACCCAUGAUGAUGAUGAUUGGCCUCAGAGACCACCAUCUUUAUUCAGACGAUUAAUGGGAGCCAUGAGAACACCUUCUUCAGCCCGUUCUAGUCAGAGUUUAGAUUCUGAACAUUCAGACGGUGAAAAUACAGAGGGAGGUCAUAGCAUCGAUAAAGGACCUGUAUGGCAGCGAUCAUUUAGUUUUCUACGAAGAGGUAGUAGUAAGAAAAAGAAAGAUCCCCAUGAUGGAAUACAGGGUCGAUUCCACAAAGUUUACAGUGGUUAUGUAAAUUCUUCCUUUUCCUAUGAUGAAGAUGACAUCGAUUCCAAAAAGUCAUUAGAGCUCCUGGAUGUAAAUGCAUCUAAUACCAGUUUAAAUAGUAAAGAUAAUUCAUUAAUAGCCUUAACAGCUAACCAAAUUACAGCAUCCAUGUCACGUUUGAAUGAGAGUGGUCAAGAUUUUUCAGGAGGAUUACGCCCAGAACACGCUGGUCAUAAUAAACUGAAUAGAACUGGUUCUGAUAAUAGUCGUGGCCCACCAUCAUUACCAACCACACCUUUAUCACCUAGAGCUCAUAGUCCACAUAGUCCUUAUGGUUCUCCUCGUGCUUCUCCCCUACCUUCAAGGCGUUCACCAUCACCAAGACGUUUUGAUGUGGGGUUUGCUUCAGCUGUCUCCAACAUAGUUGAUCAAGCCCACACAAUAGCUGAACAUGAGAGACGUAAACCAUUUACUAGUGUUAAAUAUGAUACAGAUAGUAAUCCCAAUUCACCCCAGUUACAUACUAGAAGUAGAUCUAGAAAUAGAAUGCCACAUUAUGGUGGACAAAAUGGUUCUCCUUUACCAAGUCCUAGCCCUCAUAGAAGAGAUAGAGAUAGCACAUUUUAUCGCUCAACAUCAUUAGAGACACGAUCACCUAGUCCUACAUCUAAUGCUAAUGGAUCAUCACCACAGCAAGAAUAUUAUGGAUCAGCAAUUUUACGCGAUCGUUCACGUAGUCCGAGUCCAUUACAAUCCCCACCGAAGCGAUCAGCAGGCAGAAAACUACCAUCUGUCCCGAAUAAACCAUCUUCGUUGAAUCUUGCUCAACCUAAAUUAAAAGACAGUAAUAUGCCUAGAGUGAUGCCGUCUCCAACAAUACCUACGCAAACUCGAAGCCCUGGCAGUAUUAAUUUUCCACGUUUAAAUGCCUCUCCAACGCGAUUACCCAAACUAAACAUUUCUGCUCAUCCACACCAUGUGGCACCUCCAGGGAGAUUAAGUAGGCCAGAGCCCUAUAGUCCCACAGAGCGAAAUAAUUUAAAUAAACACUCAAGUUCAAGUGCUCAAAGAACUAGUGGGUACGGUCGUGACCGAGACCGAGAGAGAUCGUGGAGUCGUGAACGUGGAACAGACAGAGAUCAAAGUGCCCAUUCUAAUAGAUCUCCAGAUAUCAGAACUGGUGAUAGGAGUCGUAUAUUAGCCAAUCAGUUUGAUGAUGUACCACAAGAUGGUAGGGAACGUGUUCGUGGAGGAGCAUCAUCAUCUAGAUCAGGAGGAACUCUUCCAAAUGGAUUUAAACCUAAAACGAAAUCUCGUAAAGCUGAGAAAUAUGAAAUGAGAAGUGAUAGUAAUAUUCCUUUACAAGAUUCUGAUGAUGACGAAGAAGAUUGGUGUUAA